UCAAAAUUACACUUGAAAACUUAAGUUUGCCAGAAUUUUGUGAACAAUUAAUUUUAGUCGACAACACACAGAUUUUUUUCCUUCCAAGUCACCGAAAAGUUAACGUUAUUUGGCGGCGCAUGCAAUCCUUGAGGCAGGCAACAACAACAACAAUAUAAAACAGUCAAACAUACCCGAUUACUGCUCGCACAUAUGGACGAAAGCAGCUCCAUGGCCAUGGCACAACAACUGACGUCAUCCUGGGCUUCGGUGGUGGCCAAUGGCAUCAUAGGUGAGUCCCAAAACGCCGGCUCCCAGGCCAGUUCGCCGCUCACAUCGCGCACACCAUCGCCGGCGUCAACGCUGAUGCAUUUGACGACGCCAACGCUUACGCCGGAGCGCACGCCCACGCCCGUCAAGCAACCGAGCUUGGAGGCUAGAGCGCUCUCAAGCACAGCACGCCAGAUUGUUUAUGCCGAUGGCGACGAAGGCGAUGACGACGAUGACGACGACGACGACGACGACGACGACGACGAUGAUGACGACGACGACGAAGACGUCGAUGACGACGAUGACGACAAUGAGUUGGACUUUGAUGAUGCAGCUCCGGAUGAUCCAUGGCCCAUAGCCGGCGACGAGUCCGACCCGGACAAGUCUGUCUCGUCGGAGCUCAAUGCCGGCGUCUAUCGACCACAUCGUCCGCCUCACGUGUUGCGCACGCGCUCCUUCUGCCCAUACACCUCGACGCCCAUCUAUGCGCCCAAUAGUCCAUACACUUUGCUCAAGCCCACCAUGCUGGUCCUGCAGCCAGAUCAGCGCCGCUUCUUUGCUCCCAUGCCGCUCGCCUAUGCGGCCAACAUGGAGCCCAAGCCGCCCGCUGGCUACACCGAGUAUAUCUACGACUGGCGCCAGGCACCGCCGCCGCCGCCGCCUCCUUCGAGCGCCGCCUGCUUUGUGCCUCAUCUGGAGGCGGAAUUUGGGCCCAACUUUGGCCCAUCGCAUGACUAUCUGUCCGAUGGCCACUAUGGCGAUGAGAAUCAAGAGCAGCCAAGAUGCGGUUCACCUCAGCCGCGCACUCGCUGCCAGGUGCUGGGCACAGAGCAGCCGGAGGGCGAACUCUUCGAGUGGCAGCCCAUUGGCAAGUCGCAACAGGUGUGGGAUCCAUUGGACAUCACGACGCGCGACAGCGAUCCCAGCAAGCCCAAUCCUUCGCCACCGCCGGGCUUCGAGCAUGUGCUGCUGGGCAAGCAGUUGCUAUCGAGUCGCAGCCGCAAGCUGAUGGGCGAGCUGGUGCAGGUGGAGCCGCAUGAGGAUUACCCCACGCCCACGCCCAUGGAAUAUCCGGAGCGCGAGCUGCGCGAGCAACAGCAUUUUAUAUCUAAACAUGACACACACUUGACUUGCCGGCUGGCGCAGCUGAAGGUGAUCAAUGGCACCACUGGCGAUGGCUACUACAUACGUCCGGUGACAAAGCUGGUGCCCAAGCUAAUCACCAAGCUGCCCAAGACGCCCAAAUAUCAGUCGCUCUAUCAUCCGGACAUAAACUAUUGGCAACUGUUGCGUCUCAAUGAGCAGAAGGCCGAACAGGCAGCGGCCGCCGCUGCCGCUGCCUCCGCUAAUCUUGCCAAGCAGCGCGACUCGAAUGAGCAAAUCAUUGACAUGGAUGACGCCAACGAAACCGAAACCGAGGAACUGCCCAAGCCCACAUAUCGUGAGGUGCUCUCCCGUGAUAUUCAGGGCAAGUCAUCGCACACUGUCUUCACCAUAACGUCCAAUCCCAAGGGCUCUCCGCCCACUGCCACUUCCACUCCCAAUGCCUUCAAUAGCGCCACGGAGAAGACCAUACAGAAUUUUCCAAAAUUGGAGAAACUCAAUCAGAAGGAACGCCUGACUGUUAAGAAAUCAAAUCACAAAUAAUCAACAUGUGAGCACAAAUUUAGAUAUAUCCGUAUAAGCGAUUUCCAUUUUUAUUUGUAUUGUCUACUGAUUGGGUUAAUGUCAAGCUGUUCUUUGAUAUAUCUAA